CUCAUUUUCUUGGGAUUGAUGUAAACUUGAUGCACUCUAAUUUUCUUACGCAAUGAAUUCACAUUCAUUAUGAUAAAGAAAUUGCGGAAAGAAAAUACAACUUAUAGAAUUUAUAUGGGAUGCAUAAUAUUCAUGGAUUUAGAUUAUUCUAUUGGGUAAGUGUGAUGCACCUGCUACCCUGCAGUACAAGCUCACAACAAUGGAAUAGCACUUAAGCAGAAACAAGGCAGAAGAAUGGGUGUUUGAUUGAUAAGCAAAAUAAGUACAACUGAGUAUUCGAGAGACCCAGAACUCUCCCAAUGACGAUAAACUUUCUCCAAUUUCUCAAUACCUCUCUCUUACCAUCUUCCCCCUAUUUAUUCUUACUACCCACUCACACUCAUGUAACCAACUCUGACAUCAGCUGGCCACUCAAAGAAUUAUGUUACAACUAUUCUUUUCUCUCUAUUAUAUUCCCUUUCUUGUUACGCCUAGAAUAAGUGUACUUGACAGGUGGCCGUUCUUGGUGCGUCACAAUAAGGAGGUCUAGAAAUCUACUGCUGUCCAUUAUGAAUGAGACCUUUGGUUCUUUGAUGAUGAAGUUUUAAGGAUAGCAUCAAAUCACAAAAGCUCCAUGACAGUUGCUUGGCAUCUGAUUUCAUCAAGCAGGACAGAAGCAGAAAAAGGGGUCAUUAUUACUAAUCAUUCAUUAUUGGUCACUUUUAAUGGGUCAUUUGAUCACAUGAGUAUCGAUGCUACAAGUGUACAAAACUUGGAACUCAUUGAGUCAUUGCAUUCCAAUGUUUGGGGGACAAGCAACAAGAAGAAGAGUCUCUUCCAUAUGCUCAAGACAACAAGAACCACAGGGGGAACUAGACUACUCCGUGCUAAUCUUCUGCAACCACUCAAAGACAUAGAAACUAUAAAUGCUCGCUUAGAUUGCCUGGAUGAAUUAAUGAGCAAUGAGCAGCUAUUCUUUGGAUUAUCUCAGGUUCUCCGCAAAUUUCCAAAAGAAACUGAUAGAGUCCUAUGUCAUUUUUGCUUCAAGCCUAAGGUCACGAGCAAGGUCUUGGCUGGUGACACUGCCAAGAAGAGCCAAAUAAUAAUAUCAAGCAUUAUACUUCUCAAAACUGCUUUGGAUGCCUUGCCCUUACUCUCUAAGGUGCUAAAAGAUGCAAAAAGUUUUCUUCUUGGAAACAUCUACAAGUCUAUAUGCGAGAAUGAAAAAUAUGCACGCAUCAGAGAAAGAAUUGGUGAAGUCAUAGAUGAGGAUGUGACUCAUGCAAGGGUUCCUUUUAUUGCUCGAACACAGCAAUGUUUUGCGGUGAAGGCUGGAAUUGAUGGGUUGCUUGAUGUUGCGAGAAGGACAUUUUGUGAUACUAGUGAAGCAAUACAUAAGCUCACAAACAAGUAUCGUGAAGAUUUCAAACUGCCAAACUUAAAACUUCCUUUCAACAACAGACAAGGGUUUUACUUCAGCAUCCCUCAGAAAGAUGUUCAAGGAAUGCUUCCCAGCAAGUUUAUUCAGGUUGUGAAACAUGGAAACAAUAUACACUGCUCUACCUUGGAACUUGCAUCUCUGAAUGUCAGGAACAAGUCUGCAGCUGCAGAGUGUUGUGUGAGAACAGAACUAUGUUUGGAAGCUCUCAACGAUUCCAUCAGGGAAGAUGUAUCUGUGCUCACUCUGCUCUCAGAGGUCUUGUGCCUUCUGGAUAUGAUUGUCAAUUCAUUUGCUCACAUGAUAUCAACCAAGCCAGUUGAUCGAUAUAUUCGACCAGGAUUCACAGAUAGUGGCCCACUGGCGAUUGAUGCUGGAAGACAUCCUAUCCUUGAGAGCAUACACAAUGACUUUGUUCCUAACAAUAUCUUUCUUUCAGAAGCCUCAAACAUGCUUAUUGUUAUGGGUCCAAACAUGAGUGGGAAGAGCACCUACCUCCAACAAGUGUGUCUUAUUGUCAUCCUUGCUCAGAUAGGCUGUUAUAUACCAGCUCGUUUCUCCACCAUAAGAGUGGUUGAUCGCAUAUUUACGCGAAUGGGGGCUGUAGACAAUCUUGAAUCCAAUUCUAGUACGUUCAUGACAGAAAUGAAAGAGACAGCAUUCAUAUUGCAGAAUGUUUCUCAAAGAAGUUUGAUUGUCAUGGAUGAACUUGGGAGGGCCACUUCUUCUUCUGAUGGAUUUGCAAUUGCAUGGAGCUGCUGCGAGCAUCUGUUAUCUCUUAAAGCGUAUACUAUUUUUGCCACUCACAUGGAGAACCUGGCAGACUUAUCAACCCUCUACCCCAACGUGAAAGUCCUACAUUUUCAUGUUGACAUAAGAAACAACCGCUUGGACUUCAAGUUUCAGCUGAAGGAUGGGACUCGACAUAUUCCCCAUUAUGGCCUUCUACUUGCAGGUGUAGCUGGACUUCCCAGCCCUGUAAUUGAGACGGCCUCAGCCAUCACCUCAAGGAUCAUAGAACAGGAAGCAAAGAAGAUGGAGGUGAAUGAACUACAAUCUUAUCCCAUUCAGAUGGUUUACCGUGUGGCUCAAAGGCUGAUAUGCCUGAAGUAUUCCAAUCAUGAUGAAGAUUCGGUAAGAGAAGCCCUUCAAACUCUCAAAGAGAGCUACCUCAAUGGCAGAUUGUAGAGCUUGGGAAUUGAGCGUUGCUUCUUGAACUCUUUCUCGUCUUAUAUCGUUUUUGAGAUAACUUGCAUUGAGAUAUAACACAAUGAUAAAGUUUUUAAAUAACCUAUGUAAUGAGAAAUUAUUAGACAUAGUGUCUACAUGCCAAAAUCAUCAACUAAAAUAUUCUUCCCUUGAGUAAGAUUCAAUUGUUGCUAAAGAGAUUACAAACUAUCCCCAUCGUGAUCCGUCUUCAAAAUUGAACAUGGAUAGAUACUUGUGUAAAUUCUUGAUCCCGUUGUAUAAACACAAGUAUUCCCAUCAA